GAAAACUUGUUUCGUUGAAAGUUUGACUUUUUAGGCUGUAACUCGCAGACUUAAUAGAGUAACUGUUUAUGGCUGCAUUACAGAGGGUUAUGGAUCACUUUUACUCUACCUAGCGUUUGAAAGCUUUAAAAAGGUUGUAAUGUCUUCCAGUACUCGACGAAGGUUAGAAGAAGCCUUGAACGCUGGGAAAGAUAUCGCGAAGAGCAUCUCCAGUGAUUCUGUGACCAAUGGAGAUAACUCAUUGGUUCAAGUAGAUUUUGAUGAUGUUAUGGGAGUUUACAGUGUCAAGUUUUCUCCCAAGCAGCAGAAUUUAGUUGUUGGUUGUGGCAAUGGUGCAAUUCAGGUGUAUGAGUGUAACACAGGAAGAAGGAAACUGCUAAAACAUGGCUCUUUGCAUGGUUUACCUACCACAUCUGUCAAAUUCUUUCCAUUUAAAGACGAUGAGUUGAUCACAGCAGGUGCUGAUGGAACGAUGAUGUGUUGGGACUUGGAAACAUGGAAAUCCUUUAAGAAAAUUGAGGAGCCUCACAAUGAAAUAAGUGCUCUGGAUUUCUCACAUGAUGGCAGGAUCUUUGCAACUGCUGGCAAGGACAAAGAUGUACGAGUUUAUGACUCAAGCACACUAAAACUGAAGCGUACAUUUGGAGGAACAGGUCAUCUUGAUGUAACAGAAGAGGAAGACAUUUUUGCCCCAGGAGUAGGCCAUGGAAGAAAAGUUUUCGCUGUGAAAUUUCACCCUUUUAAUGACAACGUCUUUCUGACUGGAGGCUGGGACAGAUGUUUGAAGGUGUGGGAUGUACGAGUACAUCAAGUGGUUCGCUCUAUCCACGGGCCGUACAUCUGUGGUGAUGGAAUUGACAUGUGGGAAGACUCUAUUUUGACGGCCUCUUGGGUGGCCCGUAAUGCACUACAGGUGUGGGACUAUGGCAGCGGCGAACUGAUAGAAUCAAUUCCAUUUCCGUGUCAGCUUGAGCACGGGGAGUUCCUGUACGUGGCUCGGUUUUGUUCUAGUUAUGAUCUUAUCGCUGCAGGAGGAAGUGGAACCAAUGAUCUGAAAAUCAUCAACAGAAGUGAAAACAAGGUAAUUGCUAGUGUGGAAGGGGAGGGUAAACCCAUUCAAGCCCUAGACGUGUCACAUGACGGAACUCAGCUGGUGAUUGGCAGCACUGGAAAUAGUGUUCAUAUCAAGACACUUACAUGACCACGUGGUCAUGUAGGUGUCAAACGAGAAGACGGAGUUGUUUUUCAUAUUAUUUACUUAAGUUUCUUCGGUUUGCUGUAUGAAUUUUUAUAAACUGUAUUCAAAACGUGAGAAGUUAAAAUUUUCUUACUUAGUCCUUAAUAAGGCAAACUGAAGUUAUAUGAAUGGUUGCGAAACAUGCAUGUUAAGGUUUACGUACGUCGAAAAGUUUAAAAACGCCACACCCACUUGUAAAGCUAAAGUAUUUUCAGAUUAAAACAUACUUACGCAUUUCUGAAUAACAGCUGCAUACUGUGAGUGUUUACAAGAGUUAACCCAGUAGACCACGUACUUACCAAGAGGUCACUUAGUGAAAAAUCACGAUGAGAUUCUGCGUUUGUUUUAUUAG